AUGUCCAGCACUACCGCCUCUCAGACCGACUUCGACGACCUCGUGGUCAAUCUCCAUCUUCACAAGCACACCCUCCGCAGCAAGAUCGACGACUCCAACCCCGAUGGGACCAAGCGCGCAAUCGAUUCGUACGUGUACGGCGUCAUGCGUGACUCCAUCAUCUUCGUGCUCCGCGCCGGCCUGGACAAGCACCGCCUGAUCGACGCCUUGUCGUUUGGUGGCGCUGAGAAUGCCAAAGAGCUUAGCAUGGAAGUGCAGGCCGAAAUCGAGCGCCGUUUCGACAGCAUGCACGAGUUCCUCGAUCAGCCAGGCGUGGACAUCGAACAUCCCUCUACGGCAGCGCACCUCGCGUCUAUCUAUCAGGGCAUCUUGGAGCUUAAGUCGCCUUCGGCCAUGGACAAGUAG